AUGGUUAAAAUUUCUAAACUUCAGAAAAUUGACAGUCUUAAUAUCAAAGGGGCCCUCAAACUCAUUUCAACCAAUGACACUCUGGCGGAAUCCAAUUUAGAUACCUUAAUUAAGCUUCGAUCAAAGCAUCCCACAACAACAUUUAUGCCAAUAUUGCCGGAACCCUACUCCCAUUGUGCAGCAGACUUCACACAGGAAGAAGUAAGGAAAGCAAUCCUAUCCUUUCAUCGGGAUUCGGCUCAUGGUCUAGAUGGGAUUAGACCAAUUUUUUUACAGGACAUUACCUCUCCUGUGAUCUACGUACCCAGCUUUAUUACCCCCUUACUCUUCGGUGCCAGACUCAUCGCACUCCAAAAACCAAACAAGGACAUUCGGCCCAUCGCCAUUGGUUCAACUUACCGUAGAUUGGUCGCUAAAUAUAUCGCAUCUAGAAUCAAACACGAUGCCGCACACAUUCUAAGCCCCUACCAACUGGGUGUAGGGAUACCGGGUGGGUGUGAAGCUGCUGUGCACUUAACAAGAAUUCACCUUAAAAAUAACCCAAAAAACGAAUCCCCAGUAAAAAUUGACUUCUCUAACGCCUACAACACUUUUUCGCGCAACACGUUCCUACAUUCAACUUGCUUCCAUUUCCCCGCUUACACUAAAUUUCUUUUCUCUUGCUACCAAUCACCAACAAUCUUACAAUUCAACAAAGAAAAGAUACUUUCUGUCGAGGGUAUCCAACAGGGUGACCCUCUCGGAUCCCUUCUCUUUAGUCUUGGAAUCAAUGACAUGAUAAAAUCAAUAAACUCUUCAUGUACUCUAUCGCUCCACGCUUGGUAUAUUGAUGAUGGAAUCUUGAGUGGUCCCUGUAGGGAAAUUGCCAAAGCAGUCAACAUAAUUAAAGAAAUGGGCACAGCCAUUGGACUUUCGCUUAACCAGAGCAAAUCUGAAUUCUCACAUUUAAAUUCUAAUGCUCCCAACACUCACGAUUUCAAAAUCACAUCAAGUGUUGAAUUAACACAUCUAGGAUCGCCUGUAGGAGGACACGAGGCAAUAAGCACCUUUCUUCAUUCCACACUUGACAAACUCCUUAAACUGGAGGACAUCUUUACACUUCUUCCAUCACACAAGAUUCUUUACGCACUUCGGUCAACACCAAUUUUUAAAUAUCCUAUUUCUCUCCAAACUUACGAAAAAGGAAUAAAGGAAUUAACCGAAAAAAUAGUAAAUAUCAGAUUCAACGAAACCGAUUGGGCCCAAGCAACUCUUCCAACCAAAUUUGGUGGUCUCGGCAUCAGAUCUCCACAUGACUUAGCAAUAAUUACUUUCAUAUCGAGUAGUCUCUUGACAAAGCCAAUAACCACCGUCCAUAAUUCUAAAGAAGACCUUUCCUUAAUCGUGGCUAUGGAUAUUUGGAAAACAAGGAUAAAUGCUGAUUCUCAUCCCCCCACAACCCAUAGACAGAAAGACUGGGAUACACCAGUGGUUGCUCGCUGCGUUGAAACUCUCUUAUCUAGCAUGCAAUCUACCGACCGCACCUUAUUCUCUUCCCUGCUCAAUGGUACGGGACAUGAGUUUCUUGAGGCCAUCCCAUCUACCAAUCUUCAGCUUCAACUAUCCAACAAUGAAUUUACCCACGCCAUCGGCAUUCGUCUAAAUUGUUCCAUCACUCACCCUCGCAUCUGCUCAGGGUGCAACUCGCCAGUUGACUCAAAGGGUAGAAAUAGUUUACAUUGUCGCUCCUGCAAUGGACGAUUCAUCAGACACAAGCAAUGUAAUACAAUCAUCCAACAUGCACUGAAAUCCGCUCAUUCCACUCUAGAAUCACAGGGUCUUUUUAUAUCUGACGGUAACGUCCUGACGAAAUUUCUCAAAUCCCAUAGAGGAGAGGCCAACUUUUGGUAUGGGACUAUUCCUGUAUUGACCCCUUGGCCCCAUCCAACCACGCCAUCAACAUCCUUGACCAGAAGGAACAACUUAAAACUUCUAAAUACACAGAAAUAA